AAAAACGAAAAUCUCAGCGCCAAAAUCUCUCAGAUUGUUUAUUAAAAUCACCAUAGCACUCGUUCGGUACGGUCGUUUAAACCAAUCGCCGCAGAAAGUCAGAGUUUUAGUGGCGUGAGAACCAAUGGGAUUUGGCGGUGGGCGGGCUGCAGAGAGAAGCAAACUAGAUUGAACAACUGUAAACUGUCUGUUUGAAUUAGGUAGGUAGUGCAGUUAAAAUUAUGUCUGACACUUAAUGAGCAAUAAAAUAAAUACAUUUUUGUUAUAGUUUGAAAACUAAAUGUAUACUGAAUAAGAACAAGUUUACAUGAAAAUCAGAAAAGAAAAUACAGUUAUUAGUUGUUACAGUGCACAAGUUGUUUAUUAAUAUUAUAGGAUACAUAUCAACUGCUCAAUAUAUUAUUUAACAGAAUGAAGCCUUUUGACUAAUUACAUAACCACGUUAAUUAAUCGUAUUCGGGAAUCGUUUAAAAUGUUCUUUUGAAAUAGAGAAUGAGACUAAAACUAACAUAUAUAUAACAUAUGUUACGGAAUCAAAGGGCAACAUGGAUAAAAAUCAUGUAUUAACUUUUGAGAAGAGAUCGGCAGAGGUGAGUGGUGCUGAAGCGUGCACGGUCGUCCACAGACCCGCAACUACAAACGUGCAAGUCCUGCUGCACCGAUUCAAAACUCUAUACGAGGAACAGCUGGAGCGCUUGGAGUCGCUGGAGCGGAGAUCCGGCGAUCGCGAAGAGGUGCUGCGGAAGAAAGUGCAGAUUUUGCGAUCCUACGUGAAUGAUCUUUGUGACCAAAACCAGAUUUUGGUUUGGACAGUGGAAGACCUUGAGACCGAAGCCAAUGACAAGUUGGCCGUGCUGCAGGCGAAAAUUGGCAGUUCUGAUCAGGCGAUUACGCUGUCUGGAAGGGAAGACAGUGUUGUGAUUCUACGGAGCAAGCGGGGCUCUCAUCAUAAUGCAGGAAUGGAGGAACAGAGCCAGAUAGCAGAUGGAGAUAUCAGAGCCGGAAUGUCGAGAGCUGAGCUUCGGAUCAGUCGGAGGGAUGGAAGGGCAGCACAGAAUAAGCUGCAGGAGGCGGUCGGGACUCUAGGAGGAGAGACAGCCGCUGUGGAGGAGGUCCGAGGCCAGGCCCCUCUCGAGUCGUGCGGACGGCUGGCGGAGGAGGAGCUGACGGCCCAGAUAAAUGAAGGUGGGGAAAGUGCGCGGCACUUGCAGCUGGAUGUGACCUCAGCAAAAGCCACACAGGAGUCUUUGAAAAGGACACUGACAAUGAAGGAGCGCUUUAACACGGGGCCCUCCCCGGAGUGUGCCGACGCGAGCUGGGCCUUGGAGUGCAGGAGAAACAAGCUGCAGGAGAGUGAAUCCAAAGUGAACAGCCUGGAUUUAGAAGUUUGUCUACUGAAGUCCAAAUUACAGGAGAAGACAGAACAAUCUCAACAGCUGCAAGAUCAAAUUGUAAAACAGCAGGAGGCCCUAAGUAGGGCAACGGAAACUCUGAGAAACACAAAGAAGGCAGCUGGCAGUAAGAUUUCUAAAAGAGACAACAAACUUGGAUUGUUGCAGAAGAAAUUGUUAGACGUCCAAAAGCAGUACUCUGAAUGUAACAAUGCGUUACUCCUCAGGGAAGAUCUCCUGCAGAAGCUGAAGGAGGAGACCGUACAGCUGACAGCCCAAAUAAAAGAGCAGUCCCAGGACAUUAGCAGGCUGAGCGGCGAGAAGACCACGCUGGAACAGGAGAUGACGGUUGUCAUGGAGAAGCAGAGAACGGCACGACAAGAGGUGAGCAGCCGGGAUCAAGUGAUUCUGCAGCUGAAGAUGACCCUGAAAGCGACGGAGGAGAAGCUGCAGGACACAGAGAGGGAGGUCCAGGAGGGAGACGAGCUGGCAAAGAGGAAAAGCAUAGAAGCCAUACUGUUAAUACAGCAGCAGAGGGACUUCCAGAAGGAACUGGGUGACACCAAGGCUGCGGCUAAGGGCCAUGAAUCAGCCUCAGCCAUCUUCAGGCAGAAGUACCAAGCCGCUGUGGAGAAGGUCCAGCUACUGGAGGGCCAGUUGGCAGGCCUCGAGGAGGAAGUCCGCUACUCCAAAGUCCAGGCCUGUCAGGCCCAGGAAAAGGUCAGUGGCUUGACAGCGGAGAUCCUGAGCCUGGAGCGCCGCUACAGCGAGAAGUGCGGACAUGCGGAGAACUCGGCAGAAGCCAUCGACCAGCUGGCCGAGGAGCUCCAGUCGACGCAGGAGGCCCUGAAGGUCAGCAGAGACCGCAUCUCAGAGUGCGAGCAGCUGAUCGGCAGGCUUGGGCGGCGAGUACACAUGCGACAGGAAGAGCUCCUAGAGCGUGAGAAGGCCUCCCUGGAUCUCCAUUCGGACUUGGCGUCAUAUCGACUGAGUCACAGUCACUCCAAUGAGGAGUACGGAGCUUUACAGCAACAGUGUGACCUCCUGAGAAAGGAUCUGGAGUCCCUGCAGCGGCAGUACAGGGAGCAGGGCGAGAGGGCCGUGGGGCUCGAGAGGGACAUCCAGGCGCUGAAGGCCGACACCAUGAACCGGGGGGCGGAGCUUCAGAGGCGCGAGGACGAGAACCGCAACCUGGAGCACACCCUGCAGUCGCUGCACCUGGACGCUGCAUCGGCUCACCAGGACCACAAGGUGGCGCUAGCCCGGCUGGAGCAGGAGGUGGCUCAGCUGGAGCGGGACCUUGCCGAUUCCAGGAGAACCUGCGCCCAGAAGGACCAGGCUCUCAGGGUGAGAGCUGACCUCCUAAAGAGGUGUGAGGCCGACCGCAUCCAGGCCAGGGAGGCCUUUAAGAGCAAGGAGCUGGAGCGGCAGGCCCUGGAACGCACCCUCGCAGACCUGAGGAGAGAAGCCCAGACCUGGGAGGAAGAGAGGAGCCAAAGAGAGCAGGAAAAUCUGUCCCUCCGGGCUGAGGUGAAACAGCUGGAGCAGCAGAUGCGGGAGCUGCACAGGCAGCACAGGCAGAGCGUCCAGGCUCUGGCCGGCCACAAGGAGCAGACGACACUGCUGGAGGCCAGCCUCAGCGCCAUGCGGGAGCAGCUCAGCAUACGCACCGCAGAGGCCGUGCGGCAGGAGCAGGGUAGCCGGCAGGCCCGCGUCGAGCUGAGGAGCGCUGAGGGGAGGGCCCGCAUCGCCACAGAGGAGCUCGCCCGCCUCAAACAGAUGGUGCAGAAGCUACAGGCGGACUCCACUUCGGGAAAACAGCUGUUGCCGCAAGCCCAGCAGGAGAUACUGGAGGGACAGCGCAAGGCCGACAAGGAGCCCCUCAGAGUCACACAACAGCCGAACGACGGAGGGAGUCACAUUUUGGUGCCAGUGGAUGAUCCCAAGAAGAUCCAAGACAAACAGGGCAGUCCACUGGAGAGUGAAGGCCGUCUGGAGGUCUCGAGUGUCAGCCUGGCUCCAGGGGACAUGCAAAGGAAGCAUCCCUCUCAAGAAGAGGUUGAAAAUCUGAAAAUGGAGCAAUGUGCGCUGAAGGAGAAGCUGGCGGCUGUGAGCGCAGAGCUGGAGGCACAGCAGGAGGCCACAAAAGCAGCCCGCAUGGAAACCACCCACCUGCAGCGCGAUUGUGAGCAGCUAGCAGGCAACCUGAGCAUCUGGAUCGACAAGCAGAGGAAUGCUAGAAAAAGCCUCGCCGCCAAAAUUAAGGAGCAGAACAGCCUGCUGUCCUUCAUCAGCAUGGAAAAGGACCAUUUGCGAGAAACCAAAGACGCGAUGGAGGUGGAACUCGAGAAGCUGAAGGCCACAAGUAAUGAAAAGCAGAGGGAGAUUGAGCAUUUAAAGGCCGUCGACAGUCACUCCACUAAUCAGCAAGCACUUCUUAAUCAGCUCAGAGGUCACCUUGAGGUGGACGAGAGCAAGACGGUUAGCCUGGUGACCCAGAACCUCAGCAGAAUGGAAGACAUGCAAUCCAAGCUGAAAGCAAGCAUGGAAUCCAUCUUUCUGCUGAACCAACAGGCAGGAUCUCAUCCUACAGGAUCCCUGCAUUUAGAUCAGCUUAGCGCCCUGAGUCUGGAGAACGCGGAUCAGAGGAAGCAGCUGGAGGAAGAGCAGACCCAACGUAAACAGCUUGAACGGAGGUUAAAGAGUGCUGGACACCUCACCCUCAGGGCUUCUCCACAAAGGUUUCCUCUCUGCCAGCUCGCACCCCCCUGCACAGAGCCCGGCCCCCCCGACCCGGCCGCCAUCUCACAUCGGCCCCCCACCCCCCGACGAGGGCCCUUCUUGACUGCUGAAUGGGAACCGACAGGCAACUUAACGAGAGCGGAUCCCGGGGAGGCGCCGGAUAAGUCCUACUGGAUCCGACGGGUGGGGGAGCUCUCCGUACAGCUCCAGGAGAGCUCGGAGUUCUGGUCAGAGAAGAUGAGCCAGCUCGCCGCUGAGAUUGAGGCUGUGCGGGGUGCGGCCAUGGAAAAAAAUCAAUCAAAAAAUAAUAAUUAAAAUGAACACGAGACUGAAAAACGUGGCAUAAAUCGCAGAUGGUGCUAAAUGAAUUGUUGACGUGGCAUUUAAAUAACCAGAUGUGGUUAAAUGCAGCUUCUCUAUAGCAAGAACAAACUGUUAUUAUAAGUGACAAUCACUGACUCAUUGAUAUAUAUAUAUAUAUAUAUAUAAUUUAUUUAUUUAUAUUUAUUUUAUUUUUUUCCCCACUGAUGCUCUUGUUAUAAAUAUUUGAUUUUGGUGUAUGUAUACCGUAGUGCCGCAUGCGUGAAUCAGUAAUCUGUCACCAUACCCCUCCUUUGGUCACACCGGCGACAUCUUUUCUGCCUUCUUGAAGGCAGGCAACACUUGUUUCUCCAUGGCAUCUGUACAGGCCCCGAGGGCACGGUGUUGCCAGGGAAUCGGCUCCUGUAGCUGUCCGCAGAUCCCGCCCGUUCAUAAAUAGCAUGGAAAAUGAAUCACCUUCUCCCCUUGUCACACAUUCUGAUAAACCCUCAUUUCUCUCGAGUUUAUACUUUGUUGUUGCCAUUUUCAUUCCCCUGCUAAAAGUGAUGAUUCACCACAUUGUUUUUUUUUCCUUGUUUCUAAUUAAUACCCUUGAUAGAAAUUAUUGCCCGUUUUAUUAUUCUGGAUCUGUGAUUGCUGUAGAUGUUUUUUUUCCAAAAAUAUGGCUGUUUUUUCCUUGUGAGAAUUUUGUUGGUGACAUCUGUAUGUUGAUGACAGACUUAUGAAUAGAAGCAGCAAUAUACAGCAAUAUAUCUAGGAUUAUAACAGAUAGGUUUGUCCAAAUGUAUAGUAUAGCUGCUAACUAGACUGCAAAUAUUGUCAAAUAGUUUUUAUUCUAACUAUGUAGCAUUUUGUCAAAAAUCAGAUUGGAUUCCGAAGUGUUGUGUUAACACAUCUUGUCUGUCUGCAAGUGCAUUUUAAGGGCACAUAUAAGUGGAAUUAUUAAUAACUUUAUUAACUCCUGUGGCUGUAUGAAACGACAAGGUCGAUGAUGAUGAGUCCCACUUCAGCAAUGUGAUUUUUGCUUGCCUGUGUAGCUGCGAGCCUGUGGAUUAAUAAAUAAAUCAGCAAACCAACAGAGUUAAUGACCUAGGAACCAGGCGGUAAACGCAAAAAAACAAACAUGAUGUAAUCCUGCUUCAACCACCAAAAAAAAGUUAUCUUAUUGCUCAGACCACAUCUCCAAUGGACUUUCUGGAAAUGUAGAACCCUGAUGGAGACGUCUUUGAAUGUACUACUCAUAUGUAUUGUCUGUAGUCUGUAGUACUGUAUGUGUGUAGUCUACAGUAUAUACCGACACAUACAUCAAAACAAAAUACAAGGUAUAUUUAAAUAGCACAACCUUAAUGCUACUUCUGUGAAGUGCCUCUGCCCUUUGCAAAGGGGGCUAUUUUUCCGUGCUAAUGACAGACUGUUAGGAAAUCCGGAAGCUUUAACGCAGUAGUCUCUGUUAUCCCCAGGAUGCUGGACAACAUUAAGAAAGUGACAUUUUUUCCCCAAGGGAUUAUACAUUUUAAUGAGGAGAGGCAGGGCUCAUUAGCGGGAUUCGUCAUUUACACCCUUGCUGCAAAACUCUUAAAAAAAAAAAAAAAAAUCAUACAGAUACAUAA